UAACGACCCGUGCUGACCUUUUCGAGGUUGCAUGAUUUUAAAACACAUUCCGACUGUCAUUCUCCCGAUCUGGAUUUUCUUUAUUUCUGUUUAUGCAGUUUGAAAUGUUUAGAAAGAGACUAUUUGAUGGAUUCAACUCAGCCAGUGAUGACGUCAGGAAGGCCUACCCACAGGAAGUGGCAGAACAGGCUGUCAAGGACAAAUACAUCUCUGUGAAACACUCACCUAAGUCAUGUGACAUCGUCCUUGACGUCAUGGAACGUCAGUUGAUAGAGGUCAAGGUCAGCCCGAGAUAUCUAAUCGGGGGAACGACUUCAAUGGUUGACCUCCGUGUGGUUUACAUAUUUCUGAAAUCGUUUCUGCCGGACCAGGUGAUGGAUUACCUGCUGGAGAAAAUACCAGUUUGAGAUUUGGAAUAGCGUCGUUUAUUCGUAUUAUUUAGCACUGAAUACAUGUGUUGUU